ACCCUGUGGUAAAAAAAAAUCGAAUCGGAAGUGGAAUAAUAAUUAAUGUUUCUUUCAAGAAUUUCUGAUAUAAACAGGUUUAUAAUUCAAUUUAUGCAAUUAUGUGAACCAAAUGCGAACGACAUUAAUAGAUAUCAUUGAAACAUUUACGUAAUCAAGUGACAAAUAAAACUAAAUCGCUAUAAACAGAUAUAAAGGCGUUACCGACAUAAUGGCUAUUGUUAAAACGCCAGUCCUCAAAGUUAUUUUGUGUGGUGAAUAUGGAGUUGGGAAAAGUUCAAUAUUUCGUCGUUAUAUAAAUAAUACAUUCGUACCAAAUUCGGAUAGAAGGUCUACAUUGGGGUUGGAUCACUUCGAAAAGUUGUACCAAGUUGGAGACAAAGAUGUCAAGUUACAACUAUGGGACACUGGGGGCAUGGAGAGAAUCGCCUCUGUUACGUCAAGCUAUUACAAAUUCGCUGAGGCAGCAAUUUUAGUGUUUUCCUUAGAUAAUGCGUCAUCGUUUCAUGUCUUAAGCCAGCACUUGUUAGACAUCGUAACUUAUGCUGAGAAUGCGAAAAUAUUUCUAUGUGGAAACAAGUCUGACCUGGAGGGCUCUUCACCACAAGUUACUGAUGCGGACAUUGAAAUGUUCUGUGAGCAGUGUCACAAUCUCAUAAGCAGUACAUACAAAACAUCAUGUAAAUCAGGCAAUGGAAUUGAAGAGAUGUUUACUGAUAUUGCCAUCCAGCUGGUUGAGUCAAAUCGGUCUCGUAUUGAGCUUCAGACACUGGACCAUAAUAGCUUCAAAAUAACUAACCCUGAGCCCCCAGAAGAUCCGUCUUGUAGCUGUUAAUCAUACUUUAUAUUUUUUGACUUUCUCUUAAGCUAUCCAUGUUCAAAUAUCAAUUAGAAUUGUUAGCUUAUUGUGUGUGUUGUAAUGCUUUAUACAAGCCGUAUAAAGAAACAAAGCCAAAUUAUGUAUAUGUACAUGGAUAUAUAUUAUUUAAAAUGAAGAGGUCCUUAAAACCAUAUCAUGAGCAUUAUCAUGUCAUUAUUACUUCACACAGAACCAGCACAAACAAAUAUUUUCCUUGUAUCCAAACAAAUAAUGUUCCAAUUCAAAUGAAACAUGAGCAAGUAUAAAGCAAUCAAACAUGUUUAUACAAUCUAAUCCAGCUAGCAUUACUUUUGUAAUCUUAACCAGUAUUAUUUUGUUUUUAUAACUAAUUACUAGCACUUACAAAAUAAUUUCCCUCACUGUAGUAUAGUUAGUUGCCUGAAUGAAUGGGCAGUGAAAGUGAAACUUUAGCUUUAAACUAUGGCCAGAAUAAUUUAAUUUUGUAGUAUGAACAUAAUGUUAAUCUCAUUAUUAAUAUUUAAUUUUGAGUAUUGUGACAAUUGACAUUGUAUUUUCUGUUGUUUUGGUGCUAUGUGUGUUUUAUUACUUUUUGUUUAUAUACUAUUUUUUCUCAUCUGUAAAGAUAGGAAAUAUUUGUAGCAGUUUGUGAAUUGAAAGAAUUUUAUAAACACAUUAAAAUAAGCAGCCUUUGACAUAAUAUAAUAAAUCAAAAUCUAAUUACA